AUGAUUAUUGAUUUGCAGGUGAUAAGGAACAAAAUGGAAAAACAGAAAAUGAUGGAUCAAUCAGAAAAUUUGACUGCAUCGACAACUGGACACACUGUACAUCAGUUAAUUUUUCUAUUCAUUCAUUCCAUAGUUGAUUCUGGAACAAGAUUAUCAUUCAUUGAUUUAUUGAUGAAAUCGAAAAGCUUGACAGAAGAAGAGCUGAAUGACGAGGUUGGAACGAUUUUAGCAGCGGGAUCAGAAACAUCUGCCACUACAUUAGAAUACUUGAUGAUCACUUUGGGGAUGAAUCAAGAUAUACAGGAUAAAGUAUAUGAAGAAGUGAUGGAAAUUAUGGGUCCAAAUCGUCCAGUUGAGCCACAAGACCUCAUGAAACUGAAAUACACAGAAAUGGCAUUGAAAGAAACGCUGAGAAUAUUUCCAACGGUACCAUUCGUUAUUAGAAGCGUUGAAACAGACUUACGUCUAGAUCACAAACAUACAAUUCCUGAAGGUGCAUCUGUGCUGAUUUUAUUCCUGGCAAUCCACCGAGACCCUAAAUACUGGCCAGAUCCCUUCAAAUUCGAUCCUGACCGUUUUCUUCCAGAGAACAAAACGAGUAGGCAUGCUUUCAGCUAUCUGCCUUUUAUGGGUGGACCCAGAAAUUGCAUCGAAGAAUGUGCCAUUGUUCAAGUUGGCAUCGAAAUGCACACUGGACAUGAUCUGCGGCUAAUAGAACUGAUUUGCCUCAGAGCUGUAAAUGUGAGGUACCAUAUAGACUUAAUUUGGAGAUUAUCACCUGCUGGUAGGUCAUGGAAUAAGCCAUUGAAAUUAUGCCGAGACUUCAAUUCCCUAGUGAUAAGGAACAAAAUGAAAAACCAAGAAAUAGAGGAUGAAUCUGGAAAUUUCGAUGUUGAUUCUGAACGAAAACCAUCAUUCAUUGAAUUGAUGAUGAGAUCCGGAAGUUUCACAGAACAAGAGCUGAAUGACGAGGUUGGAACGAUUUUAGCAGCAGGAUCAGAAACAUCGGCGUCAACAUUAGAGCAUAUGAUGAUAACUUUGGGAAUGAACCAGGAUAUACAGGAUAAAGUAUACGAAGAAGUGAUGGAAAUCAUGGGUCCAGAUAAAUCAGUAGAGCCGCAAGACCUUGCUAAAUUGACAUUCACAGAUUUGGUACUGAAAGAAACGAUGAGAAUACUCCCAACGGUACCAUUCGUUCUGAGAAGCGUUGAAACUGACCUACGAUUAGAUGACACACAUACAAUUCCUGGAGGUGCAUCUGUGAUAAUUUUCAUUCUUGCAAUCCACCGUGAUCCUAACUACUGGCCAGAUCCAUUCAAAUUUGAUCCUGAUCGGUUUCUUCCAGGGAACAAAACGAGUAGGCAUGCUUUCAGCUAUCUGCCUUUCAUGGGUGGUCCUAGAAAUUGUAUUGGAGGUCGAUAUGCUAUGAUGAGUGUGAUGACGAUGUUUGUACAUCUUAUAAGGAAGUACAGAUUUUUCACGGAAUACAAAUCUUUGGAAGAAAUUAGGGUGAUUCCGCUGGUUACACUCAAGCUGAAAGAUGGAGCGAAAUUAUCGAUGAAAAGGAGGUGAUUCGUUAUUGUGUUCUGUCGUUUGUUAAAUUGUUCCAUAUAGGUGACGGUGAUGUGAAUUGAAUACCUAAUGGAAGGUUGAUUGAUUUUCAUUUUCAACGAAUAAAAUGUUAUACUUUCAA